AACCUGAUGUCCUGACCACUGGAGCUGGGAACCCAAUAGGAGACAAACUUAACAUUAUGACAGUAGGGCCCCGAGGGCCCCUUGUGGUUCAGGAUGUGAUUUUCACUGAUGAAAUGGCUCACUUUGACCGAGAGAGAAUUCCCGAGAGAGUAGUGCAUGCUAAAGGAGCAGGAGCCUUUGGGUACUUUGAGGUCACACAUGACAUUACCAAAUACUGCAAGGCGAAGGUGUUUGAGAAUAUUGGAAAGAGGACUCCCAUUGCAGUUCGAUUCUCCACUGUUGCUGGAGAAUCGGGCUCAGCUGACACCGUUCGUGACCCUCGUGGGUUUGCAGUAAAAUUUUACACAGAAGAUGGUAACUGGGAUCUUGUUGGAAAUAACACCCCUAUUUUCUUCAUAAGGGAUGCCAUAUUGUUUCCAUCCUUUAUUCACAGCCAAAAGAGAAAUCCUCAAACGCACCUGAAGGAUCCAGACAUGGUCUGGGACUUCUGGAGCCUACGUCCUGAGUCUCUGCAUCAGGUUUCUUUCUUGUUCAGUGAUCGAGGGAUUCCAGAUGGACAUCGGCACAUGAAUGGAUAUGGAUCACAUACUUUCAAGCUGGUUAAUGCAAAUGGACAGGCAGUUUACUGCAAAUUCCAUUAUAAGACUGACCAGGGCAUCAAAAACCUUUCUGUUGAAGAUGCAGCAAGACUUUCCCAGGAAGAUCCUGACUAUGGCAUCCGGGAUCUUUUUAAUGCUAUUGCUACAGGCAACUACCCCUCCUGGACUUUUUAUAUCCAGGUCAUGACAUUUAAACAGGCAGAAACUUUUCCAUUUAAUCCAUUUGAUGUGACCAAGGUUUGGUCUCACAAAGACUAUCCUCUUAUCCCAGUUGGUAAACUGGUCUUAAACCGGAAUCCAGUUAAUUACUUUGCUGAGGUGGAACAGCUAGCCUUUGACCCAAGCAACAUGCCACCCGGCAUUGAGCCCAGCCCUGACAAAAUGCUUCAGGGCCGCCUUUUUUCCUAUCCUGAUACUCAUCGUCACCGCCUGGGACCCAACUAUCUUCAGAUACCUGUGAACUGUCCCUUCCGUGCUCGAGUGGCCAACUACCAGCGUGAUGGCCCCAUGUGCAUGCUGGACAAUCAGGGUGGUGCUCCAAAUUACUACCCCAAUAGCUUUAGUGCUCCAGAACAACAGCCUUCUCUCCUGGAGCAUAGCAUCCAAUGUUCUGGUGAUGUGAAGCGCUACAACAGUGCCAACGAUGAUAAUGUCACUCAGGUGCGGACGUUCUACGUGAACGUGCUGAAAGAAGAGGAGCGGGAGCGCCUGUGUGAGAACAUCGCCGGCCACCUGCAGGGCGCGCAGCUUUUCAUCCAGAAGAAAGCCGUCAAGAACUUCACUGACGUCCACCCUGACUAUGGGGCCCGAGUCCAGACUCUUUUGGACAAAUACAAUGCUAAGAAGCCCAAGAACGCUAUUCAUACCUUUGUGCAGUCCGGGUCUCAGUUGGCUGCAAAGGAGAAAGCUAAUCUGUGAGGCUAGGAGACCCUAGUCCUUCGCCAAGGAGCUGUCCACCUGUGAAGCAAAGCAGAAUGUUCACACAUGUAAUCCAUGCAUCGCUGGAUAGAAGAUCUCCUGUGCUAAUGUGCAAAUGCAAGCUAAUGGCUUUAAGAUGAUAAUCCAGAUUUCUGUAGCAAAUAAUGUCACGACUUUUCAUGCUAUUUUACUAGGGGAAAAUGAAGGUUAGGGCUUAACAGUCAUUUAAAAGAAACAUGUAUUCACUUUUGACACUGGUUGGAUUAUUAAUUUAAAAUGACUAGAGGGAAAGUUUCUAGUUAGAAAUAUGAUUUUAUUUGAUAAGAAAAAAUCUUGGUGAAGUUAUUAUGCUUACAUAUCACCUUAUGGCCUAUUAUAUAAAAAUAUGGCUGUAAUUAUACAAGAAGAAAAGAUGAAGAUGAUCUCCUCAGAAAUGUUUAUUUUUCUAAGAUUCUUAUACGAAAAACAUAUUUAAUGCAGCAGUGUCUUCAGAAAAUAACUUUAGCACCAUCGUGGCUUUAUGUUUAUUCCUGCUUGUAAUUGACCAGAUUAAUUUUUUUGUCACUUGGAAUUACAUUUAUGCUAAUUCAGCAUUGAUUUUGCAACAGGUUUAUUUGUGAUUGCUUAUAUUUUUACAAUAAAAUAAUCUGUAAGUAAGAUUAUAA